AUGAAAACCACUAACUUUCUCAAAAAAACAACUAAGUUAUAUAAACUAAUCAAAUUUAAUUAUUUUUUAGUGGAUGGAGUGGCGUUAGGAGCUGCGGCUACAACCAGUCAUCAGGACGUCGAAAUAAUUGUAUUCCUUGCUAUAAUGUUACAUAAAGCCCCUGCAGCGUUUGGACUUGUUAGUUUUUUGUUACAUGAAAAGAUUGAGCGUCACCAAAUCCGCAAACACUUGGGGAUUUUUUGCCUCUCUGCCCCUCUUUUAACACUUUUAACAUACUUUGGUAUUGGACAAGAACAGAAAGAAACAUUAAACUCUGUAAAUGCGACAGGCAUUGCUAUGCUUUUUUCAGCAGGAACAUUUCUUUAUGUUGCUACGGUCCAUGUGUUACCAGAAUUGACACAAAGUGGUAACGGCAAUCACUCAUUACAAGCUCAUCACGAUUACCGACCUCUGGAAUUAUCUAUAUCAAACCCAAUGACGCAACAAAAUGUAACAUCAUCAAUUGGUGGUUUAAAGUACAGUGAACUUAUUAUAAUUGUAUGUGGCACACUUUUGCCGUUGGUAAUAACAUUUGGCCAUCAACAUUAA